AUGAUCAAGCUCGAUCAAAUGGCGCAGGAUGAGGAACUAUCCAACUCUUCGGAUGGAACGCACGGGCUUUCGCAUGUCCACAGAACCAAUCUGCUCUGUCUGAUGUUGACGGCUGUCGGAGGAGUGAUCAUCAUGGGUACGAUCGCGUUCGGGUUCUAUAUGUGUAUGCCAGCGUCAGCGGUACUGAUAGCGGUCAAGGAAGAGUAUGAAGUUAGUCAGGGAACAAUUGGCGACGAGAUGGAGGAUAUUGGCGUGCGUAAUUUCAAGCGCGAAGCGUACAACGCGUUGGUACGAUCCCUCGAGCUACUGGAGCUGAUGGAGAACUUAGAGCCGCUGUACGAAAGCCAUCAGCGAAUGAAGCGCGAACUUCCGGAGCCUGCACCGAACCGUAUCUCGCGUGAUGAUCGCUCGGAGGAGAUUACCUACGGUGUUCGGAGGCGCGUCCAGCGUGAGGACGAUCUCGGUACGUUACCGAUCGCCUACGGUGGGUUCUUCGGCGGAAAUGGUGGACGGGGACCGCGCCGAAAACGACACCUUUCGCUGGAGGAGCUGGAACGAGCGAAGCGCAACGCCCAGAAAGAUUACCACCGGCUCGAGCACGAGUACUAUCGCUGCCGCAAGGAGGCCCCGAACGCAAAGAUCUGCGAUCAGAUCUACGAGAAGCUGCAACGGCUCUCGGAGGAGGUGAACGCACGCUUCCAGGAGAUGGCCAAUUUACUACAGAACAUCCAGGAACCGGCGACAAGCAAGAGCCCUUCGUUCCCGUCAGUGGUGUUCGGUGUAACCGAGGCACCGAAGACGAAAGUCACAGUAGUUGCGCCACCACGGACGACGACCUACCGGACGGAGUCGCACGUGCCGAAGUACGAUCCGGAGAUCGAAACCGUUGAGCAGCUGGUGAAUCAGAUGAACAUUUCACAGGGAUCGUCAAACGGUGGGUCUUCCGUGAGGAAGUUUGAUCCUCGAUUGCACUAUCCUGUGGAGAAUAGUUCCAUUCAAACCUUGGACGAUCUUUUCGAUCAUAUCGACUUGGGAUUCGUCGUUACGACGGAGCUACCCAAAGGAACCACAGUUGGGUAUGAGUUCGUUGACAAUACCUCUCACUCGAGUUCAUCGCAUUCGGUGUCGACUACAUCAACAACUGUAAGGACAACGACGGUUUCACAACGCACAACAACUGACCACGAUUCGGAGGAGACUUCCUUCGAGCCGAACAGAGGAUUGUAUAUAAAGCCUGCAACACCACCACCGAACCGCUGGAGCACGACGAAAAGUCCUUCGCAGGCCGCUCGUAAUCUGCACGAUGUCGUCGAACAACUCCAGCUUGCCCAGAUGCUCCAGCUACAGCCGGCUCCGUUCCACGAGGACCUCGGCAGUCCGCCGUCCAGCAUCAGCGAGUUCGUCAUGGCAAGAUCACGCAAUCGCGAACACACCCACCACGAUCACGAUCAACCAACCGGACUGGAACCAGACCCGGUCGCCUCCUCUUUCUCCGAUGGCUCGGAAACACUGCGAUCGGCCCAACACCAGCUCGUGGUUGGACCCAGCGCACCCUUCCUGAACCUCUGCGAACAGCUUCGAUCGGCGAACGGUGGAGGCGCAAGCCACACUGGCCACGUCAAACCUACGCACCCCGGGACGUUCCACACAGGGUCCAUCCAACCGGGGAUCCCGUUUACCGGCGAGGCAACCAAAGCCUCGUCCCAGAUCAUCGUGAACUCAGCCUACGGUGCGGGAUACGUACCGAACACGGUCUGCUUCUACCAGAACGCACCACCAACGGCCGCCGUACAGACGCCGUACGCGUUUCGGCCGGCCAACACCUACGGCUACCCGAAUGGGGCCUACCCGCCACCAGCCUAUCAGCACCACCAACAACCGCAUCCGGCCGCCGGAGGUAAGCUUCCGCUAAACGAUCCAGCGAUCGAUGCGCUCAUUGAACCACGCAUUCCUCAAGCAAUGAUCAACAUGCCAGUGAGCAUCCAGAACCACCAACAUCCCGGAUCGCGUGCUUCAGAAGCCUCGAACGCACCAAACAAUCCGAUCCUUCUCUGUUCGAUGAUGUACAACGGUGAACAGCAUGCUGGGCUUCCACCAGCGGCAGCGACCGUCCCGCAGCCUACCUAUUCGGCACCAUCCCGCCAUCAGUUCGGCAACGAAACAAGUGAUCAUGGUGAGGAAGGUGAAGAUCUUGCGUCAAUGUUUGCCUCGGGUCGAUCGCUGGCGGCUCGAGCCAAGGGACGUCAGCACUGUCGACGAGGUUGGGUACCGUGCUUCAGCUCGCAUCAGUGCGUCCGCCGGAAGAGCUGGUGUGACUCGAAGACGGACUGCAUGGAUGGCAGCGACGAGAGUGCGUGCUCGUGCGUGUCCCGGCUGCCAAAGCGUAAGCUUUGCGACGGGUACGCCGACUGUCCGCUCGGCAUGGACGAGAUGGGUUGCUUCGGGUGCGAGAAGUUCUCGUUCUCCUGCUUCCACAACGAGGCCGAGUAUCAGAUGGCGCACCGGUCCGGCUCGAUGUGUUACACGCUGAUCGAGAAAUGCGACGGCUUCGACAACUGUCUGAACCGGAAGGACGAAGAGGACUGCACGAUGUUGGUGCGGGACCUGGGCCACUACCUGGCGUACUCGGUGCCCCACUCGUCCGGUGUGCUGCACCGGAACUACAAGGGUAAGUGGUACCCGGUGUGCCACAAUGGCGUCCAGUGGGCUCGGGAAGCGUGCGAAGCCGAGCUCGGUCCGCUCACCAGGGAGCCGCAGCUGAGCCACGGACAUGGUGCACUACCGGGACCGUACAUUAGCCAGGCCGAGGAUAGCGCUGUGGCGCAACCGGUCUUCAGUGAAACGUGCAACGGCGUGUACCUGAACGUGAAGUGUCCUCCGGUGCACUGCGGCACGAGUAAACUGCACGAGAUGCACUCGGCGCGCGUCAGUGUCCGGACACGCCGUAACGUCACCACCGACGAUGAGCUGGUGGAAGCGGUACGCAUUGUCGGUGGAUCGGACGCGGAACCUGGCGCCUACCCGUUCAUCGUGGGUAUCUUCCGCGAUGGCAAGUUCCACUGCGGUGGAAGCAUCUACAACGAGCAUUGGAUCAUCUCGGCCGCCCAUUGUUGCGACAACUUCCAGCACCACUACUUCGAGGUGCGCUCGGGAAUGCUACGGAAGCGGAGCUUCGCCCCACAGGUGCAGGUCACCCGCGUCACACACAUGAUAGUGCACCACGCGUACAGUGCUACGCUGAUGGCGAACGACAUUGCACUGAUGCGUGUCGAGCACCCGUUCCACUACAACCGCUGGGUGCGUCCAAUCUGUUUGCCGGCGAAGCAUCGCACUACGAACGAUCGCGACUGGCUGUGGGGACCGCCACCGGGCACGGUCUGUACGGCCGUCGGAUGGGGUGCGCUGAGAGAACGUGGUGGUGCCCCGGAUCACCUGAAGGAGGUGUCCGUACCGAUCCUGCGUACCUGCAAGCACAAGGUGGAUCGCGAUAGUCUGCAGAUUUGCGCCGCUGAAGAGGAAGGCGGACACGACGCGUGCCAAGGGGACUCGGGUGGUCCAUUUGUGUGCAAGAGCAGUGCCAAUCCCUACGAGUGGUAUCUGGCGGGAGUGGUCAGUCAUGGAGAGGGUUGCGCGCGGGCCCAUGAACCCGGAGUGUACACCCGUGUGGCGCUAUUCGUGGAUUGGAUUGCGCAGAAGGUACGGGAACCACUUCCAAGUCAAAUGGCCGGGUCCGACUGCCCCGGCAUGAGGUGCAUCUGGGGUGGAGGUGUUUGUCUGCCACCGGGCAAGAAAUGCAAUGGAUUCGUUAACUGUCUCGGUGGUGAGGAUGAGUCAGGCUGCGAAAUGGAUCGUUUACUUCGGUCGAUGUCGAAUAGGGGUGAUGAGGAAAGCGAGGAGUUGGGCACCACACCCCGGGAUAUGGGAUUCCACGAGAAUAGACAAGCGGAUGGUGCCACCAUCAGUGUGGAUCUUACGACGAUGAAGCCGGAGGAAAGUACAACGACAACUCAGGAGGAAAGUGCUGAGGCACACGAAAGUAUGAUCGUAACACACACAAUAACUACAGAUGAACCGAGUACCACUCAUGCGAGUUCCUCUGAGGAAAGUACUACUGAGACAAGCACUACAGAGGAAAGUACCUCCGAGCCACCGACUACUGAGGAAAGUGCAACGGAAGAACUAAGUUCCACUGUGAAUCCAUCGACAACCGAGCAAGCAACGACUACAACGAGCUCAACAACCACUCACGCAGUAACUACGGACAGUUCCGCAAUCGUAUUCCAAGACGACACCAUAACCACCCAAGGGCCAAUCGAGUUUGAGAUCAUUGCGCCUAGCGUCCCAUCCACAACGGAGGCGAUCUGGAAGGCAGUGGAGAAAACGGUACUAGAAGUACGCGGACAAGCUCGUGUGGACAACGGUUCAAUGCCGGCUUUAACAGCCGAAACCAGUACCAGUCCUGACCAGACCGAUGAGCCACAGGACGAUCUACUCGAUCCUGCCGAUCAUCCGUUUUUCGAAGAAAUCGACACGAUGCACAAGGAGAAACACAAACGUGUCGCUAAAUUCCGCAUGACCGUGCACAAUCUGCAUACCAAGACGAAUGCCCAGCUGGUUCCAGCCAAUGUGACCGCUAAAUAUCGCCAGUUUUGGUGUCAAAACAUCACCCAGAGGAUCAAUAUGGCGCACCGGUGCGAUCGUAUCAUCGACUGCGAGGAUGGAAGUGAUGAGCUGAACUGUACCUGCCGGGACUUCCUGAAAGACAAGUUUGAUUUUCUUAUCUGCGACGGAAAGACGGACUGUCUUGAUCGUACGGAUGAAGAAAAUUGCAUGAACUGUCAUGUGGACCAAUAUGCGUGCCGCAUCAGCCAAGAGUGCAUUCCAAAGGAGAAGGUAUGCAAUGGCCAUCCAGAUUGCCGAUUGCAUGAGGAUGAGUUAGAUUGCUUGGCUUUGACCGAUGGACACAGAGUUUAUUUCGAUGCAAACAAUUUGACACUCUUCCGAAACACGGGAAUCGUGACGAAAAACACCAAUGGGACGUGGGAAGUUGUGUGUGGAGCUGUACUAACUGGCAAAACGGAACAUGCUGUCGAGAAGAUUUGUUCGUUUUUAGGAUUCGCAGGUUCCCGAAACUACUCACUGGUGAAACUGGAGCAGCACGACCUCCCGGCCGGAGUACUGGUGACCGUUGGUGACAACUACCAGAAUCUAACCGUGAAUCCCACCUGCCAGGCGUUGAAGGUAUCUUGUGCUCAACACAUCAACGCUACCGAACACGAGAUUGCUCACUUCGAUCCCAAGCCAACGGAGGAACCGGUGCAGGUGGACAUUCGCCCGCUCAACCCGAUCCACCGGCCACACCACAUGCCCCAGAUCGUGUUCCAGGAGAACGCACACAUCGAGCUGAUAGAGAACUUUGGCGACGACUACGAUUGGCCCUGGAACACCAACAUCUACCUGGACGGGGCGCUUAUCUGCAGCGGGCUCAUCAUCGACGCCGCAUGGAUCAUUGUCGCAAGCAGCUGUACGCGGUUGGUCAACAUGCGCCAUCAGUACGUGGCGGUGGUGGCCGGCGGUGCCAAGUCGUACCUGCACAUUGCCGGACCGUACGAGCAGGUGGUACGGGUCGACUGCUAUCACUUUAUACCGGAAGCGGAAACGGUGAUGCUGCACCUGGAGCACAAGCUGAACUUCAGCCGCCACGUGCUACCGACCUUCGUACCGGAGAACGAAAACGUCACCGAUAGUGAGUGUUUGGCCGUGGGACAGGACAAGUAUGGACGAACCAAAACGCUACGAGUCCAUUUGAACUCAACCAACUGCCAGGGUGAACGAGUUCGAUGCUACCACAAGGAUCUUAAGCAACCAUACUUCCACCAUGAGUACUGUUACACGCAAGAGGCGACACGCUCCGGCGUGAUCGUAUGUAAGACGAGCCGUUCCGGCUGGUACCCGGUAGGAUUCUACCAGAACAAGCGCGGUCUGUGCGGUUUCAACGAGGUUGUACGGGUGACGAGUCUGGUAGAGUCGUACCACAAGAUACAGCACGUCCUACACGACGAACAAUGUGCCGGGCAGUACUACGAGGAACCAAAGUGCACCGGAAAGCGCUGCCGUUACGGGAAGUGUGUCGGUGAGACGCUGCUCUGCGAUCGGAAGAAUGACUGUGGUGACGGAUCUGACGAGGAUCAGACAUUCUGUGCGGCACGCAAUCGAACUACGAACUGCCUACCCCAUCAGUUGCGCUGUGCCAAUGGCAAGUGUAUCGACAAGAGUAGCUUCUGCGAUCGGAAGAAUGAUUGCGGAGAUUCGACCGACGAACCGCACGACUGUUCGUGCUAUACGUACUUGAGAAUCACUGACCCCGGCAAGAUCUGUGACGGUGUGCGCAACUGUUGGGACAAGUCGGACGAGAACCCACGCGUCUGUCGAUGCCACGCGACGAGUUUCCGCUGCGGCGAGUCGGACAUCUGCGUACCUUACGAUUUCGUGUGCGACAAGGAACGGGAUUGUCCAAACGGAGAAGACGAGCUGUACUGUUAUGCCCUGCAGCAGAACUCCUAUGAAGCUGGCUACGGCGAGCUGAUGGAGCAGAGCUACGGUAUCUGGCACUCGAAGUGCUUCCCGAAAACGGCCCAGUUUGAUGAUGAGUACAUGCGGCGCGUGUGCGAGCAGCUCGGGUACAGCCAGGUGCGCAAGAUCUACGGCCGGGCAAUCGUGGAGGAGGCCCGGCUGCGGACGACGGCGAACGACACCGAGAGCCCGGUGGAAAAGCUGCGCCGGGCGGCCACGAAAACGGUCGUGCAGAACAAGUUCUCCAAGGUGGUGAUCAACGCGAACCACACGUUCUACAUGAAACCGAGCCGACCGAUGUUCAAGGUGAUCAACUGGAAUCAGGAGGAUCAACAGAACUGCCACCGGUUGGAGCUACUGUGCGCACCUUAG